GAGCGGCAGCGGCGGCUCCGGGACCCCCGGGACCCCCGGGACCCGCUCCGGGACCAGCGGCACCGGCACCGGGACUCGCACCGGGAGCGGGACAUGGCGCUGCCGCUCGGAGCCGCCGUGCAGGAUCCCGGGCUGGCGAUGGCUCACGGAGCACCGGGCACAGAUGAUUUGGAGAUCCUGGAGGAGGUGAUGAAGGAGGACGGCUUCCAGCCCGACGCCGCUGCCGAGGCUCCCCGGGCCCUGCCCCGCUUGGUCCCGCGCGGUUCCGUCCCCGGUUCCGCCCCCGGUUCCGUCCCCGGUUCCGCCCCCGGUUCCGCCCGGGAGCCGCGGCUGGCCCGGAGCCUCCGCGGGCUCUCGCUGGGGCCCCGGGAGAAGCUGGAAAAGCUGGAAAAGAUGGAAAAGCUGGAAAAGCUGGAAAAGCUGGAGAGCUUGGAGAGGCUGGGGAAGGCGGGGAAGCCGCGCUUGGUGAUCACGGAGCAGCCGAAGCAGCGCGGGAUGAGAUUCCGGUACGAGUGCGAGGGGAGAUCGGCCGGGAGCAUCCUCGGGGAAAACAGCACCGAGAGCAACCGGACCCUGCCCAGCAUCGAGCUGCUGAACUGCCAGGGCAUCCCGGAGGUGGCGGUCACGGCCGUGCUGGUGUGGAAGGAUUGGCCGCACCGGGUGCACCCGCACGGCCUCGUGGGCAAGGACUGCGCCCAGGGGCUGUGCCGGGUGCUGCUGCGGCCCCACAGCAACCCCCGGCACAGUUUCAGCAACCUGGGCAUUCAGUGUGUGAAGAAGAAGGAAAUCGAGGCCGCCAUCGAGAAGAAGCUGCAGCUCGGCAUCGACCCCUUCAAAGCGGGCUCCCUGCGGAACCACCAGGAGGUCGAUCUCAACGUGGUGCGGAUUUGCUUCCAGGCCUCGUUCCGGGACCGCGCCGGGAUCCCGCGCAGCCUCAGCCCGGUGCUGUCCCAGCCCAUCUUCGACAAGAAAUCCACCAAAAACGCCGGAGAUGCCCUCUGCCGCAUGAACAAAGAGAGCGGCCCCUGCACGGGCGGGGAGGAGCUCUACCUGCUCUGCGACAAGGUCCAGAAAGAGGACAUCGCGGUGAUUUUCCGCAAGGAGCCCUGGGAGGCUCGGGCCGAUUUCUCCCAGGCCGACGUUCACCGGCAGGUGGCGAUCGUGCUGCGCACGCCGCCCUACGCGCACCUGGAGCUGCGGGAGCCCGUGCAGGUGGAGGUGUUCCUGCAGCGCCUCACCGACAGCGUGAGGAGUGAGGGGUUCCGGUUCACCUACCUGCCCCGGGACACCGACGCGUACCGGGUGCAGGUGAAGCGCAAGCGGGGAAUGCCCGACCUGCUGGAGGAGCUCUCGGGGACAGACCCGUUCGGGAUCGAGGCCAAGAGGAGGAAGAAGCCCCCGGGGUACCUGGAGCACUUCAUCCCCCUGGGCCCCACAGUAAAACCCCCGAUUUUUCCCUGUAAAAUCCCCAAUUUUCCCUGUAAAAUCCCCCGAUUUUUCCUGUAA